ACUACAGCCAGUUCCAGACAGUCAGCGCCAUAGUCGUAGCAGGUCAAGCUCAUAACUCUAAAUAUGGUACAGGUGUUUAGUCCGAUUCGGUUCCUCGUGUUGCUAUGGAUACCAACGUUCACCGCAUCGCAGCAACUUCAAGUACAUGUGACAGUUUCUACUGACAACGUUGUGCAGGAGGUUGACGACAUGUUUGUUGGAGUGACCAUUGACAGCUAUAUCUUGCGGGCAGGGUUUGAAAGACACCAUCUCAGUUCACCAAAUCUCCAGAAGCUUGUGAAAGAACUCGUUCCCUCAUAUCUGAGGGUCGGGGGAACCUCGGCUGACCAUGUCGUGUUUGAUCCCCAUGCCACACAGCAUAGCUCCAACGCAGCAUCGCCGUUCAAACUAUUGGCUGAAGACUGGGAUAUUCUUAACAAGUUUGUUCAUAACACGGGGGUGAAGCUUAUAUUCGACCUUAAUAUUUUACUGCGGAAGCAAGGAAAAUGGGACCCAUCGAAUGCUGAAUUGUUGCUUAAAUACUCGUCACAGAAAGGCUACCAUAUUGCUGGAUUCGAACUGGGAAAUGAACCAAAUGUGUUUCAUCACAACGCAAACAUCACAUUAUCGGACGCCCAACUCGCCAAUGACUUUGCACAGCUGAAGCGGGUCCUCCAAGGUACGUCGUAUAAGUCCAGCCUCAUCGUAGGACCAGAUGUGACUGUCACUCAUGCAUCUGGGGUAAAAGGAUUUUUGUCUCAUGGUGGGGCAAGCGCGGUUGAUGUCGUGAGCUUCCAUCACUAUUACGUCAAUGGUGAAACCUCGAAGGUUUCUGAUUUCUCACAUCCUGCAACACUUGACAGUCUUGUAGGACUGGUAAAGAGCGCUAUUGCCGCCGUGCAUGCUGUUGCGCCAGGAAAGCCAGUAUGGCUGGGGGAGACAGCAUCAGCUUACAAGGGAGGCACCCCCAACGCCUCUGAUAGAUACGCCUCCGGUUUCCUGUAAGUGAGUGAGUGAGUGACCUGGGUUAAAUGUGGGUUUGAAACGAAUAUCAGUAAGAUCAGGGCAUUCCUGCACGUUAUCCACCACAUUCGAAAAUGCUGACGCAAGCAAAUGAAAUCACCAAAGCCGUUUCCAACGUCAGAGGAUAUCUCAAUUGUGAUCCCAACUAUAUUAAAUCCGUUGGACUAUUCCGACACUGCCAAGCCAUACAAUCUACCAUUUUCCGUAUAUUUCAAGAUUCUUUAUUCAGUAUUUUGGGCCUAGAGUUCAAUUACAAUUACAAUAAUUGCUGCGUCACGUGAUGUCAGGAAAAUAAAUACAAGUAGUCUUUUUUCACAUCGAAUACAUGAUUUAAGUAUAAGGCCAAAGCCUUUACAAUGUCGAUAUUUUUGGAGUUAAGUAGAUUACAUAAACUGUGAUUAUCAUGAUGGACAUUGGAUAACCAAGGCAAUUAGUGGUUUCUGACAGAAGAAUAUUUUGAACAUAAAAACAAAACAUGAAAUUCAUCCUCUAAUUGCCUCCCUUUACAGUGGGUACAUAGAUAUAAACUCAAGUCUUCAUUUUUAUGUUUUGACUUUCGUAGCAUGUUAAU